AUGUGCAUUGACCUUUUUGCCCUACAAAUUCCCAAUUUACGUCCGGUGGGUUCCGGCGACGGACUGCGGCCGCCGGAGCGAUGCGGCGGCAGUCGCCUCGACGAAAGAUUCCAUGGCCGCAUUGAACGCGAUUUCUCUCUGAAUUAAAGAAAUCAGAUGGAAAUUUCGAGAUUCAAACGUGGAGCUCUGAUUUAGGGUUUAUGUGUCGCUGCCUGCUAGGAGUUGAGCUUGAGCCUGAUUCCCGUUGUUUCUGAAUUGGAAACUCGAAUUGCUACCGAAUGAAGGAAUUCGGAUUUCCAAAUUGUAGAAUGGAUUGAAGGAAUUCUAAUUCCGCUUUGAGUACUGAAGAAGAAGAUGCAGCUAGAGAAAUUUGUUCGCAGCGGCCGGCCUGGCGGAAAUCAUCGCCGGCGAGUCUUCCUGCAGCCGCCGGAGACGGCGGCGGAUAAAGACGCCGACGCUCGCGGGGUACGACCGUCAAUUAGAAAGUGUGUGGAAGAAAAUGAUGAAAACCAAAAAUGGUGGAGAAGAUGAUGAAUUGGAUUCUGGAAAUGGAGUGGAGCUUGAAAUAGAGAAAACAGGUCCAUAUAGUUUGACAGUUCAUUCGAAAAUAGUUGUGCAGGCGAGCCUGCAGACUGUUUGGGACGUGUUGACUGAUUACGAGAGGUUGCCUGACUUCAUCCCCGGCCUUGCCGUCAGCCGGGUAGUCGAGAAGGGAGAUAAAUAUGCACGUGUCUUUCAGAUUGGGAAGCAGAAAUUGCCAUUCGGGCUGAAAUUUGAUGCAAAAGCUACUUUAGAUUGUUUUGAGAAGGAUAUUCAAAUGCUUCCCUGUGGUCGUAAACGCGAUAUUGAGUUCAAGAUGAUCGAAGGUGACUUCAAACGCUUUGAAGGAAAAUGGAUUGUAAUCGAACAGAGUAGUGAUACUCUAGUCGGAGGAGAAUCCCAAACAACACUUGAAUACAUUGCAAAUGGGGAGUCGAAAAUGUGGUUGCCUAUUCGACUAGUUGAGGGGAGAAUGCGCAACGAGAUACAGAUCAAUAUGUCUAGUCUAAGAAAAGAAGCCGAGAAGUUAUUUCGGAACAUUCAGCUGGCGUAAUCGACACUUAAGCUUUGUUCAACUGGCGACGAGGUAAUGAUGCGUUUGCUUCCAUGGUAUAUGACGAUUACUUAGUCGUUGUUUCGAUAAGAAUGCAUCUAAGCGACAUUGGAUAUAAUGUACCUCUUUAAGUUAUGGAAUUCCCUUGUUUAUUUAUGAUUUCAAACACAAAUCUAUACUAUUCAGCCUACCCUGCGUGUUGUCUUGAACAUAAAGUUCGGAACAUUUAGGGUGUGUUUGUUUGGGGGUUUGGAUUUUGAGUUUGGAUUUGAAUAGUAAAAUA